CAAUAUGCAUUUACAGCUUGCAGUAUAUAGACGAAUUUAAUAUUGUAUCGCAAUAGCAAUACUGCAUGUAUGUGUGAUAUCAAUUGGCUUUUACCGCUUGAAGACGAAUUUUGAAGACGAAAAUGCCGUGGAAUAGAAAUCGUGGGAUUUCAACUCUGUACAAGUAUUCUGCAUUUCAUUUUCAGCAAAACGAAACAAACAGAAAUCUAUUGACAAGGAUAAUGGUGGUGAUUUUUACCCUCGUGUUCAUGGUCGCGGUCGUAUUGGUCUUUCGCUGGACAAUGUCCGCGCCGAAAGUCGUCGAUUUAAAUUUAACUGCCGGACAGAUUAUGAAUAAGAUAUAUUACAGGCGUGUGGUGGAAUUUGUAGAUUAUGAGGAUAUUAUAUAUUACCCUAAAAGCAAAAUCGAUGAAUUAGUUGAGCCUAAAAGGUCUGAACAACAGAAUGGUAGACGUUUGUUGACAGAAGACACAUUCAGACCGAAUGUUCCGAUCGAAGAGGCAAGGUUAAUUCGACGGCGGAGGGAUUUUUAUUCGCAGACUGAACAACAUUAUGGCGAGUAUCGAAGGCACCGUUCAGCAUCCUCCGAUGCUGAGCUGAAAACCGUCACCGUCGUUAGAAAUAAUCAAAUUGAAAACGACGCUAUCGACCAGGCCGAAGUCGAGGUGAGAACUCUUGCUACGGAAAUUAAUCCCGAAUCAGAUCAUGGUCAAGAACAUCGACCUGGUGUAUCAAAUGAACCAACUUCCGAUGACCAAUCAGAAAUGGAUAUCAUAUAUAUGAACGCACUGCAAGUUUGCGAAGAUGCGUUGGAUUCGGAAAAGAAUAAGACGACUAAUCAUAUCGGAAAUGAGACAUCAGAAGAUGGACAUCAUAACCGAUGUGCAGGAGAAAUAACAAGCGGAGUACCAGCGUUGUGGGUCUUGCUCUACAUCAUAAUCAUUUUGUUUCUUUUCAUUGGUCUCGCGAUUAUUUGUGACGAUUUUUUCAUCGCUUCUCUCGAAGCAAUAUCUCAGCGUCUCAAUCUUAGCGAGGAUGUGGCAGGUGCCACGUUUAUGGCUGCCGGAUCGUCGGCUCCUGAACUAUUUAUUUCAAUUGCUGGUGCUGGUGCUGGAAGUGACGUAGGAGUCGGCACAAUCGUUGGGUCCGCUGUCUUUAAUUUAUUGAUCAUCAUUGCUCUGACGGCCGCUUUAGCAGGAAAGGUACUGUGUCUCGACUGGCGACCAUUUGUUCGAGAUUCAAUCUUUUACGCAAUGUCGAUUGUUGCCUUCAUCGUGUUUUCACUUGAUACUCAAUUUACAUACUGGGAAUCACUCAUGCUGCUCGUAUUAUACGCUUUAUAUAUUGUUGUCAUGAAGUUUAACGCUCGACUUAUGGAUUGCAUGGGAAAAUGGAAUUGUUGUUCAUGUUUCGAAAGUCGGGUCGGACCUGAAGACUCUGAUAAGUCAUUGGAGAUAAAAGAAACUAGUCCAAAAACUCCUGAUCCUCCACCCACACGAUCUCCAUCUCCGAAACCAGUUUCGAAGGCGGCAGUGGCGCCGGAAGUAGUGGCAACAGCACCAGUGGAUAUGUCACCACCUGAAAAAGUGGUGUCACAGAAAGAAUCUACUAUUCCCACAGCGCCUCCGCCCACCUCACUCUCGACACCGACUCCGGAAAUUCGAACUCCAGAGUCGAGAGCAGAGUCAGUUGAAUCUAAAAGUGCCAAUGAUUCCGGUAUAUGUAUAUGUGGCAGUAACAACGGAGGAGGUGCGUCACCACAGCCUAGCACAUGCACAUCGUGCGUCAUACACGUGUCGUCUCAACCUUGUAACAUGGGAUGCGUGACGUAUGGAAGUCCUCGUAUAUCUAGGCCUGUAUCUCGUUGUCCAUCCUGUACAUCGGUGAAGGAAAGCGUCACAGUUAUAAAUGGAAGAAGCCAAUUUCAAAAUAAUGAAUCUCCGAAUAUCGCCAAUGACGUGAGAGUUGUCGAAGAAAAGAAUACAUACUUGCCAAAUCUAUCGGCCACAGAUUGUGAUUCCAGACGGCGUUCCGAUUCUCUCGUGACCCUAAACCUGACGCUUGAUUCAAAGUCUACAGUCAAAAAAAAUGUAAACGGUUCCAACAAUGUUAGCAAUUCCGAGUGCAACUGUGACAACGAGGACGUUAAAAUUGUAUCCGAAACUUUUCAUGAAACGGCAGGAAGUAUCGACGUAGGCGGCCCAGUAGAGAUGGGAAAAGAAGCGGCAGGAGAAGAUGACGGGGUACCAACAAUUGUUAUUCUCCCCUGCUUGCCUGCUGUUAAAAAUCCACCACCGGAGAAGCCAAAUUCAAGUCGAUGCAUUCCCGGUUCCAAAUAUGUUCUUAUGUACGUCGUUUACAUUUUAUCAUUUCCAUGGGUGUGUGCUUUCACGUGGACAGUUCCCAAAUGCGAUACUCCGCAGAAAAGAAAAUGGUACCUUGCCUCAUUUUUUCUAUGUAUUGCUUGGAUUGCUCUUGUCAGUUGGAUCAUGAUUGAACUAGUUGAAAAGAUUGGUUGCUUACUCGGUAUUGAUACUUAUACAAUGGGUCUUGUCGUGGUAGCUGUUGGAACGAGUGUGCCGGAUGCCAUUAGUUCAGUCCUUGUUGCAAAAGAAGGUUUUGGAGAUAUGGCUGUAUCAAAUGCACUUGGUUCAAAUGUAUUCGACAUAAACCUUGGAUUGGGGUUACCAUUCUUCAUCACAAGUCUAGUAACAUCAAGUCCAGUCAGUUUGUUAUCACCAUUACAAAUGUGCCUGUUCGAAAGUUUACCACUUCCAUUCAAGAUUGUUCCUCAUGUUAAAUUUGGACUUAUAUUGUUAUUAGUUUUACUGGUCGCCGUUGCAGUUUUUAUGUUUGUUCGGUUCAAAUUGAACAGGAAAGUUACAAUUCUCUUUAUUGUGAUGUAUAUAGCAUUUAUGAUAUAUGCAUUUGUACAAGAGAAAAGAUGCUAUUCCUUCUUUUGCUGAUGACGCAAUGGAGUCAAUCGCUCAAGACGUGCGAUUAGCCGAUGUAUCACCACUGGAUCUUUCAAAAUAUGCCAAUAAUAUACUGGAUGGACUAGAAAGUCCUGGGUCUCACUGAAUACAUUGUAUUGGCGUCAUUAGAAUUGGCUCUCAACCUGUGAACCCCCAGGACGAGGCGUCGCAUCAAUCAAAACUCCAGGAAUUGACAAGUAAAUUGUAGUCGAGUGCUGUCAUUGGAGCUGAAAAUUUGUGUGAAACUUAAGGGAGUUUGUAACGAUCAAACGGGGCAGUUGGUCUUGCGUUCAGAGCGUUGAGUUGGGAACAUCCUUCAAUUGCGUACAAGUUGGAUAAAGUACUAAUGCACACCGUAUGGUAUCAUCUGUCACUGACCCGGGUAUCCGGGUAUCUACUUCAAUAUUCUUUCUCUUUUUGUAAUUAAUAUUGGUAAAAAAAUCUCGUUCUAUUUUA